AUGGUGCGAACUUCCACAUACGCCAUCGCCCUUCUGGGCAGCGUCGUGGCCAUGACGGCUGCGCAAAGGACCCAAGAGGAGCUGGACAAGCUUAACGCCGUCGGCAGAUGCAUCAACAAGUGCUUCGACAAGAGCUUCGCGCCAGGCUCGUGCACAAACGACCCGGCAUGCACAUGCAACCAGGAGAAGAUGCGCAACGACUACAUGUGCUGCGAGGUCAAGGAGUGCGCCAACAUCAACGAGGUCGCUACAGAGCGGGUCGCUGAGCAUCUGGAGAGGACAUGGCAGGCCUGCGGGCCGCUCGAGCACAACCGGCCGUUUGACAAGCCCGACGUGGAAAAGCUGUGCGGCGUGAGCCUCAAGGUGUCGUCCUCGUCCUCGCCCUCGUCCACCGCUGCUCCGAUCGGCAGCUCUACCAUCGCUUCUUCGCCAUCAAGCACCGCCGCCGCCCAGACGACCGGCACCUCUGCUCCGGCCGGUGCUUCCACGAGCGCCUCGUCUCCGGGAUCGACCGGCGCCGCCGCCGCAGUGAGGGGGAGCUUUGUGCUGCCUGGAUUGGCCGCCGUUGUUGCGGGAUUGGGCCUGGCUCUCUGCUGA